GCGGAGACCGCGCAGCCCGCUCUGCUCUGCGGCAUCCAGCCUCCUGCCCAGCGAGCGGGUGGCGGGGCCGGGGACGCGAGCUGUCCCAGCUCCUCGGCGCCUCCUCCCUGCGGGCCACCGGUCGGGGUCCCGGGCUCCCGCGCGCCUCCUCGCGCUCCUCCCCGGCGCGGGCUCUGCGCGCAGGUUGCGGCGAGGCCCCGGCAGGCGCGGCGCGCACGGCGGCGGCGGCGGCGACCGGCGCAGCGGCUCGGGCGCGGGGAGCCGGGCUCAGCCCGGGGCUGCGAGCGCCGCGGCCCUCGCCCCUCCGAGACCGGCCUGGGGGGCCCGCAGGGCGCGCGGAGCGCCGAGUGCGCGUGCGGCUGGGGCCCGCACCCCGGGGCAGGAGCGCGGGCGCGGCGCGGCGGAGCGCCCGGCAUGGAGCCUGCCCGGGAGCCGGUCCGCGAGCCCCCCGCGCGGACCCGGCCGCCGCCGCCGCCCGCCGCGCGCCCUGCGCCCGCCCCCGCCGCGCCCAGGCCGCGCUCGCCCGCGGAGGCCGAGGGCCGCGGCCCCGAGGCGUUGCUGCGGCGGUCGGGCUCGGGCUACGAGGGCAGCACCAGCUGGAAGGCGGCCUUGGAGGACACCACCACGCGGCUCCUGCUGGGGGCCAUCGCCGUCCUUCUGUUCGCCAUCCUGGUGGUGAUGAGCAUCCUGGCUUCCAAGGGCUGUAUCAAGUGCGAGGCGCCCUGCCCCGAGGACUGGCUGCUCUACGGAAGGAAGUGCUACUUCUUUUCGGAGGAGCCCAGAGACUGGAACACCGGCCGACAGUACUGCCACACCCAUGAGGCGGCGCUGGCCGUGAUUCAGAGCCAGAAGGAGCUGGAAUUCAUGUUCAAGUUCACGCGGAGGGAGCCCUGGAUUGGCCUGCGCAGAGUCGGGGAUGAAUUCCACUGGGUCAAUGGGGACCCGUUUGACCCCGACACGUUUACCAUCGCUGGCCCCGGGGAGUGUGUCUUUGUAGAGCCCACCAGGCUGGUGUCCACGGAGUGUCUGAUGACCCGGCCCUGGGUGUGCAGCAAGAUGGCCUACACCUGAGGAGGACCAGGACAGAGGUGGCCCGCCCAGGCCAGGGGAGGCCGCCCCUCCAAGACCUGCCUCCAGUGGGAGCCUCCUGCCCUCUCCAAGCGGAAGCAUCGCGGAGGGUGGUCUUUGCCUUCGUCCCCUCUUUGGGCUCCAGAGCUCUGAGCCCCUGGUUCCUCGUUUCCCUUGUCCCCAGGCAGGUCCUGCGGCUGAGCAGUAAAUCCCCUUUGCUAAGUAGCGUAGCCAUCUUCCCACCUUACACGCACACACGCACACGCACACGCCCCUUCUCAGUGGUCUGUCCUGAGUCCCCCGCAGCCUGUCCCUGGAAGCUUCCUUCCUGGCGGCAGCCCUGGUGCUCCAGGGACUGCGGGGGCGACACGGAUGUGUGACCGCGCAGCAGGUGGCCUCUCCCAGUGGCUCCUCUCCAAGCAGCUGGGGGAGGAGGCAGGCGAGUCCUCCCUGUCACCUUGGCCAGCCCAGCCCAGGGCCCGGAGGCUCCUGCUCCUGCCCUCUUUGCCUCCCAGGGUCCCCAGGCUGGGCCCCUGCUGUGCCGUGGUGCUGUUGUAUGGUCACUAAUGGAAUAAAGAGAUG